AUCCAUAAUCCAAUAAUGAAUCAUCGAGUUUACCAGGAGAGCAUUGCCCACUGGGGUGGCUAUCAGGACGAAUUCCCCAGAAACAGAGACGAGGUCCUUGCCAAUCUAACCAAGUGGUACAGUGAAGGACGACCGCUGCUCACCAAAGACGCGCUUCGAAAUGUGCAAGAGCAGCUCAACAAACCGCUCCAGGAAGGGGAUAAGGUCUGGACCAUUGGAUAUGAUGGGGUGAAAGUGGGAUGGGAAGGGUCGGUAAAGUUGAGCCAGCUGUCAGAUGAGGAGGAAUAUAUGGAUGGUCUGGAAUAUUAUGUUGUAUCCGCACACAUGUUCUAUCAUCCCUUUUGCUCCCUCAAACGCAAUGUGAAAUAUUAUGGAGAUACAGACUCCGCCUACUCCAGCCUAUCCGUGAUGCAUUUGUUGGGACAACGGGACAUUGUCACAAAACUUCCGCCUGUUUGUCCUUCAUAUACCACGGAGGAGAGUCGUGAUGUGUUGCAACGCUCGAUCCGGGCCUGGGAGGUGAGCGAGACUUGUUCUCAUUUAAAGAACACGUUGAGUUCCGUUCUGUCCAGACACCCGAUCGACAAGAUCGUUGGAUUUUCAUGUUCCUCAAUCUCCCGGUCAGGAUGCGAGGACAGAGAUCUCAGAUACGGCAUUCAGCAUGCGCUGUUGUUGACAGUGAGAAGCCUCCUCGAGAGAACAACCGGAUGCACUACCGAGCAUGAGGUGUCGUGUUAUAUCCAGGAUCCGGCAUACAACGACGUCGACAAGACAGUCUUUCAAGAGCAAGGAAUGCAAGUCGUGGACGAUCCUCAGGGAUUCCUAGAAGUCGACGAGUCAUCAAUAAUUUUCAGCUGCGCAUCAAACGUGGCUGUAAAGGAGAUGAUCACCGAGCUUGCCAGACCAGCAAUCAUCAUCUGGGAUAAGGUGGAGGAGAGUCAGAUCGCGACUGGUGAUGAAGAUCAGGAUGCUUUCGAUAGUUCCACAGACCCAAUCAGUCCCAGGGUGUUUGAUAUGAUCAGCAACUGCUACGACAGUUACACGUUUCUACCUGAUUUGAACUUUACCGAGAUGGCAGUUUAUGUUCGCAAAUAGCGCAAUUUGUAUCUCCUAACAACCAAGCCAGACAGAAUCUGAAC